AGGCGACAACAGCAGAACGUCUUUUAUCCAGUAUCGCUCAAUAACGAAGAAACCCCAGCAUGGUAGAAUUGCUUAUGCACUAUCGUGUUCGUACAUUGCAUUCUUUCCGUGAAUCUUCCUAAUCACGUCAGGAAGGAUAGGAAACGAGAAAAAGAGAACCGAGGAGUGGGCUUGUGAAGAUUCGGAUAGCCGCCUUCACUGAUAUUUUGAGACGAGGGCGUUCAUGAGUGACGUUGAAACCUGCAGCAAGUGCACUAAUUCGGAAUUCGUGUUUUAGACGAUAAUAUUAAAUUACAUUUUUUAAAAUGACAUGCAAUUUCUGUGUCAACUGUUCAAUCGUUCCUCGUCAAGUAACAUUUGUUUGAUCAGCAUGCUUAUUUAAUUUGUUACCUAGGCUCUACAUAUUGCAUGGAUCUGAACUGCAGCCAUUGUGAUUUAUAUUAAAAAUUCAUACUUAAUUCCUCGUAAUCUUAUUAAACCCUUCACUGACAUUUUAGCCCGCGUUUAACUUGUGUGAACCCUGGCGGAUUUUGCUAAGCGGUAGGCUAUAGUCGAAGGCUCUCUUGUGUUGCUUUGUGGUUGUGCUUUGCUGUAGAACUUCGGCUGUGUUGGGCCGUCGUGUCGACUGGCCUUUAAAAAAAAGCUAAUUUGGUCAUCGUGCCAGAUUGUAGUGAGCGGAUAGUGACACAAAAAGCACUUCUGGUAACUAGCUAACAAUUGUGCCAUAACCAUAACUGAGCUGGCUAAAGCGCAGAAUAUUUUUAAAAACCUUAUCAUAUGAUCUAUAUUUUGGUGUCAUAGUUCACUGCAUCUUUGUGGAAGUAGCAUAGACUUUGCUGCAUUAUCCAGCUAGGUCAGGUGUUCUCAAACUUGGUCCAGCAGACUAGUUUUUAGAGUUCUGUUACAGAUAAUCUCAAUUAAGUUUGUUGGGGACAAAUAUUUAAAUAUGUAAAAAAUUAUGUUCGACUAAUUUAACCUGUCUGUUUACAAUUGAAUCAUUAACCUCAUUCUAAAGGCAUGCAUCAUUUGCCAUAUCGAGUUAACAGAAAAUUAGAGCAUAUACAAGGACUAACUGUACCAGUUGUAACCUACCUAUGUAGCUAUGUGUACCAAAAAGAAUAAAUAUACCAUAUUUACCCCCACUUUGAAUCCAUUAGAUCAACUUAUGAGCUCAUUUAAUUAAAUGUGCUACAUGAAACAUGAUUCCUUUUACGGAGGUUACACUUUUUAUUGCGUAGAGUUUUAAUUUCUGGAAGUGUGGACAUCUGAGCAGGCAGUAUUCUGUAUUGGUCCUUAAGUAAAGUUUAGCAGAGUUCAGCAAUCACUAAAUUCAUUUGCAAAGAGAAGGUUGCAUUUACUUGUAAGUCAAAGUUAAGAACAAAUAUUGAUUGAAUAACGGGACUAAACUAAUCCAUUUGUGAAAACUUCAGAGGAUCAAACCACACCGGCACUAUUUUAAAACAGGGGUGUCGAAGUCGCUUCCUAGACGGCUGCUGCGUCUGCUGGUAUUUGUGGUUGCAUUUCAAUCGGCAGCCAAUUACGACAUCGAGAACAAGGUGCGUUGAUGAUUAUUUAGCCAAGCAACGACUUAAUUACUAAUUCUGGAACACAUCGAAACCAACCGAUACUGGUUUCUGAUUCUGGCAGCUGUGUUUUAAAAUAAGUUGAAGUAAAAAAAGUAUGGUGGAUCUUAAACACAUUUUCAGCAACCAAACCUUUGUGUUUAAAUUAUUUUUAACGAGCUCAUGGCCCAGAACUAUUUGGGCUGAAAUUUGCUGCCAGAGGUGACAAGCUGGGUCUUUUAACCAGUCCUCUUCAUAAAUUACAAGUCAUUCUCCAAAACUCCUCUAGAGGUCAGACUUACCUUGUGAGCUGCUCCUGCCUGUGCUGAACAAAGAUAAUUACUCAGGAAACGUUUCAGCCAAUCCGCUGCGGCUUUACAUCCUGCCUGUGAAAAGAGGCCACUCAGGGUCUGGCUUCCAUCAGACGGCCCGAUCAUCAAGCUGAACUGCCAAGCCCUUUCUGUCUCAGGACUGAGACUGUCCUCCAUGUUUUAUAAGUAUUGACAUAACACUGUGUUAGCCAUGCAUCCACAGAGUUUGGCUGAAGAAGAGAUAAAAACAGAAUCUGAUGUGGUAGAGGGGAUGGACAUUUCCACACGAUCCAAAGUUUCAGAUCCUGGAUCGGCAGAAAGGGCAGCUCAAAAACGAAAGCUGCCCAGCCCACCACACUCUUCCAAUGGGCAUUCCCCCUCUGAGACCUCACCCAGUCCUAUCAAAAAGAAAAAGAAACCUGGCUUAGUUAACAGUAAUAACAAAGAACAGUCAGAACUAAGACAUGGUCCCUUUUACUAUAUGAAGCAGCCACUCACCACAGACCCUGUUGAUGUUGUACCGCAGGAUGGACGGAAUGACUUCUAUUGCUGGGUGUGCCACCGAGAGGGUCAGGUUCUCUGCUGUGAGCUUUGCCCACGGGUGUACCACGCAAAGUGCCUGAAACUGGCAGCCGAGCCUGAGGGGGACUGGUUCUGUCCCGAGUGUGAGAAAAUAACAGUUGCGGAGUGCAUAGAAACUCAAAGCAAAGCAAUGACGAUGCUAACAAUAGACCAGCUGUCUUAUCUGCUUAAGUUUGCUCUCCAAAAGAUGAAACAGCCAGGGGACCAAGCACGCUCGUCUCUCUCCCCCCACGCAGCCGCCCAGCAGAGAAAACCUAUUAAUUGGACUGAGCCAUUUCAGAAACCUGUAUCUCUGGAACAACACCCAGAUUAUGCUGAAUACAUUUUCCAUCCAAUGGACCUCUGUACAUUAGAAAAGAACAUAAAAAAGAAAAUGUAUGGUUGUACAGAAGCUUUUCUAGCAGAUAUGAAAUGGAUCUUGCACAACUGCAUAAUAUACAAUGGAGGUAAUCACAAGCUUACAGCGACCGCUAAAGUCAUUGUAAAAAUCUGUGAACAUGAAAUGAAUGAAAUUGAAGUGUGUCCAGAGUGCUAUCUGUCAGCUUGCCAGAAGAGGGAAAACUGGUUUUGUGAACCAUGUAGCCACCCCCACCCUCUUGUGUGGGCUAAGCUGAAGGGGUUUCCAUUCUGGCCAGCAAAAGCACUGCGAGACAAAGAUGGACAAGUGGAUGCCCGGUUUUUUGGGCAGCAUGAUAGGGCUUGGGUCCCAAUAAACAACUGCUACCUCAUGUCUAAAGAGAUUCCUUUUUCUGUGAAAAAGACUAAAAGCAUAUUUAAUAGUGCCAUGCAAGAGAUGGAGGUCUAUGUGGAAAACAUUCGCAAGAAGUUUGGCGUUUUCAACUACGCUCCAUUCAGGACACCCUACACUCCCAAUAACCAGUUCCAAAUGCUGCUGGACCCCUCCAACCCCAGCGCAGGAACCGUCAAGCCUGAGAAACAGGAGAAGAUCAAGUUCAACUUCGACAUGACCGCCUCUCCCAAGCUGCUGCUCGGUAAGAGCAUGCUGCCGGGGGGGACGAGCCGAAGGAUCUCCCUGACGGACAUGCCCCGCUCUCCGAUGAGCACCAACUCCUCCGUUCACACGGGCUCGGACAUCGAGCAGGACGCGUCUGAGAAAAGCCUCCGGGCUCCACCCAGUCACUACAGUGCCGGAGAGGAGUCCAUGGACUGCACAGCAUCUCCUGCAUCUACAAAGACUGGGCACACAGGCAGCGUAACGGGCAGCCCCAAACCCUUUUCUCCCCAAGCCUCCACGCCCAUCAUCCCAAAGCAGGAGAGAACAUCCACCACUGGGAGCAUCCUCAACCUCAACCUGGAUCGGAGUAAAGCGGAGAUGGACCUGAAGGAGCUCAGUGAGACGGUGCAGCAGCAGUCUGCUUCAGUGGUCCUGACCUCCCCAAAGAAACCAAUCAAGAGCCGCUUUCAGCUCAACCUUGACAAAACCAUCGAGAGCUGCAAGGCCCAGCUUGGCAUUGAUGAGAUUUCUGAAGAUGUGUACAAGGGCGUGGAACCCAGUGACUCAGAGGAUUCCGAGAAAUCAGACUCAAGUGAUAGCGAGUAUGCGAGUGAAGAGGAGCAGAAACUGAGGAAUGGGCAGGAUGAGGCCGACGACAAAGAAAAGCUUGAGAGGGAAUCAAAAAAGAAGACCAGAACACCCUCUCAAGAAGACAAGGACGGCAAUGCGGAGGGCACGGUGGGGGCAGCAGCAGCAGAAAAAACGAGUGCAGAAGUACAGCCGAAAGACAAGCUGAGUGCCAGCUCUGACAAAGAGCCCUCUGAAAAGGCCAAAGCCUCCCAGCACCCGGCGAAGGAGAAGCCCAGCUCCAAGGAUGAGGGGACAGCCGCCUCUGCAGACCUGGACAUGGACUCGGACUCAGAGCGGGAGCUGGUCAUCGACCUUCGGGAGGACUCAUCAGGCUGGGACCGCAAGAAGAACAAGAAGGAGCUGCCUGUUGCCACCACACCCAAGGACCCUGGUGUCACCAAGCUAGAAGGUAAAGCCCCUUCGUCCUCCAGUGCAGCAGCUCCACCAGUGAGUGAUGGGUCCACCUCGACCCCCAGUGUCAAAGACCCCCCUCAGUCCUCCAUCACCAUCCCUCUCAAUGUGGUGUCCUUCGCUGCCACCACCGCCUCCACUCUCCUGCCUGGUGCGACUACCAGUGCAGCAGCUCCUUCAGUGGCCGUGCCGUCUGCCACCGUGAAGAAGCAGCGCCCCCUGCUGCCUCGGGAGACUGCCCCAGCGGUACAGCGCGCGGUGGUGUGGAACCCAGCCAACAAGUUCCAGACGUCCUCACAGAAAUGGCACAUGCAGAAGGUGCAGCGGCAGCAGCAGAGCCAGCAGCCGGCUGCGCAGACACAGUGCAGCCCCCAGCAGCAAGCGCAGACGCAUACGCAGUCGCAAUCCACAUCCACGUCCUCAUCAUCGCAGCAACCCUCCCCUGGCACACGGUAUCAAACACGGCAGGCGGUGAAAGCAGUGCAACAGAAAGAAGCACCGCAGAGCACGUCAUCUUCGUCAGUCACUCUGGUGACUGCAGCUCCGGCAGUGUCCAUGAUCUCCACCCCUGGGCCAGCUGGAGCCCCCUCUUCUUCCUCCAUGGCCAGUGACUUCCAGAUCACCACAGGCUCAGCAGAUGUAGCAGCAGACAUAGCAAAGUAUACCGGCAAGAUUAUGGAUGCAAUAAAGGGAACAAUGUCUGAGAUUUACAAUGAUCUCUCUAAAAGCACCUCAGGAAACACAAUUGCAGAGAUUCGACGCUUGAGAAUAGAAAUUGAAAAAUUACAGUGGCUACACCAGCAAGAGUUAUCUGAAAUGAAGCACAAUCUUGAGCUCACUAUGGCGGAGAUGAGGCAGAGCUUGGAGCAGGAGAGGGAGCGUCUCAUCGCAGAGGUUAAGAAGCAGAUGGAGCUGGAGAAGCAGCAGGCUGUGGACGAGACCAAGAAGAAGCAGUGGUGUGCCAACUGCAAGAAGGAGGCCAUCUUCUACUGCUGCUGGAACACGAGCUACUGUGACUACCCCUGCCAGCAAGCCCACUGGCCUGAGCACAUGAAGUCCUGCACGCAGUCAGCCACUGCUUCACAACAGGAGUCUGAGACAGAAGCGACUGCGGAUGCUGGGAGCAAGCCCCCCGGUCAGCCCGGCAGCGCCCAGCCUUCCCCAGCUGAGGCUGCUGCGGCCCCUGCAAGCAAAGAUUCUGGUGUGGAGAAAAGCAAGGACAGCACCACCGUCAGUGUGUCCUAACUGCCACAUGGCACAGACUUUUAACCAUGAUGAACCGUGUAUGUAAAAUAUAAGAAUGGGAAGCAUCCUUUCCUGUCUUGCCAGUCUGGGAAUGUAGACUGUAGACGAUCUCUAAAUCUCAGUAUUAAUCACCAGAAAAUCAUCCCGCUCCCAUCCCCCACACUACUUCACCCCCUUCGCUUUUCUUUGCCUCAUCCAACAAGCACGUCCAAAGGUUACGUUGACAGUCACUGAAUAGGUGGACCAGUGGACAAGGCUAUUGAACUUACAAUCAAACUGAAUUCGUCCUGUACACGUUAAACUUGGAUAAGCGAAUCACUGAUUUGUGCAGCCAAAGACCUGUGUUGAUGUUUAUGUCUUCUGUUCCCACUCUGGAGGGGCUAGCGAGUUUGAGAGGUUCUGUUCUCUGUUCUCAAAUUCUCUCGCCCCUCUUGUUCAGCUAGACCCACUUACCUGCAUCGAGGAGGAAAUGGUAUACAAUGGCAUGCAAAAGAGUGUCUUAAAAUGCCUUUCUAUUACAGCAGAGGAGAAGGAUAUGUUGACAUUCAUAGAUCUGUGUGAGCACUAUUGGGCAAAAUCGUUUAAAGAGUUGCACUUAAACCCAAAUAACGGUACUGAUUUAUGCAUCUGAUGAUGCUGAUAAGGGAUUUCUGAAUAACGGAUUUCAAUUUUAAAAAUGUUCUUCUAGAGCUGAGAUUGGUAUAGCUAUCUUCUUAGAGUAAGAAUCCUUUCCCUUUGUUCCAAGGAGGACUGUUUACCUUUUCUGAAUAAAUCAGUGCUUUUGUAUUUUUUUCAUUGUUUUCAGGGAUUUUAGUCCACUCAUCCAUAAAAUGAAAAACAGCCAAAAGCAAUUAACAAUUAAUGGAUAGUUUUUUCAUGUGUUUUGAAAGAUCAGUCCGAAAGCUUCAGAGACGUUUGGCACUCCCAAGUUUACACUGCUGGUUUACAGAGAUGUACAUUUUUCUUUUGAUUCUAGAGAUACAGGGGGUCAGACAAGAAAUGGACUCUGUUUAUAUCGCUAAGACAGCAUAUCUUUUCUGUCCACAGGACUUGCCACAGAUCUUGCCACAGGCCUAGCACAGACAACAGACUAUGUAGAAGAGGCCAUUUUAGACCCAAAAUUAACUUUUUAGUUUUCUAUUUAUUUUAAUUUAUACAGGAAUGUGGUGUCACAGACAAUGCCAUAACUAUAUUAGUGUUUCGACGUUAUGCUAUUCAAAGGUUGAUAAAAUGGGCAGAAGUGUGAAUUAUUAGUCCAGUAUAAAUAACUUAAAAUAACCAAUAUAAUAUAUUGAAACUGUGACUACGUAGUGCCGGAACCUGGGGUCACAUUUCUUUACAUUUAUGUUUGAAAGUGCGUUUUAUAGCCCCCAUAGAACUGGUCGCUCAGACUUCCUGUGUCAAUCUCGUGGACUAGGGCCUCUGCUUAAUUCUGACUGUUAAUGUUAAUGGAGUUUAAAGUAAAGACAAGAUGGUUCAGUUCAGCCAACAGAAGGGGGGGGGGGGGGGGGGGGGGUGGAGUCCAGAGAAAACAAAGGUGACUGUAUAUAUUUUGAGCCAAUUUGUCUCGCAGAUUUUGUUGUUUACAUAAUGGAAAUGAAGAUCUGGGCCUCUGGAAGAGCCUGUUUGUCUAGAGCUUUAUUCUCACGAAUGUACACAGAACUUUCCUCAUGUUCUCUGGAGGCAAAGAUUGCAUUUGGGACAGCAGAGUAAUGUGGAAUGCUGCUUGUAAAAUAUUGGAGUAAGGGAGCGCUUUAAUAAACACUGUUACAGUAUGACGCUUGAGGAAAAAAUUGCUUUAAAAUAGUUUUUAAUGUGGGUGAUACCGACACCAUUAUUACAAAUCAUACGAGCGAACAUGCUUUGUAAAAUAACUUGUGUGCUGUACAGUAUUUACAAAGAUACUUUGACUUUUGGAGGGUACAUUUGUUCUUUACUCUUGUUCCCUAUCAGGUUUUAGAAAAUGGCUGUGAAUACAGUAUUGACUGUUCAGCAGUGAAAAAAGGGCGUUUCGCUGCCCUCUGCAGGUCAUGUCAUUUCUUACACUUGUUCUUGAUGAUAUUAAUGCUGUUAAUGCAAUAAAUGCUAUAUAUGUAUUUUUUGGAAUGGAGGAUGAAUUCAAUGGCUGUGAAAAACAUAACGUAUAAAUCUUGUUAUCCAUUCUGGGCACAAUAUUUCAAUUCAACAAUUCAAAAGGUCAAUUUAUCCACAUCUAGCAUUUGAUUUCGGCCCACAGAAGUGAUUAAUCCUUGUGUUGGCGGAUCAGUGCUGAAUGUUCAAAUACAGAAUUGUUAUUCCUGCCAUAACAUAUGUAAGUGAAUGAGUGCCUGGUAAUGGGAAAUGUGUAAGCUAACAUUACGAGCAGAGAUCUAUGUAAAGAUAUGUACCUAUAUUAAUGUGAACUUCUGCUCUGGUGGCGAGGAUGGUGAGACCAUAUACUUGUAUAUACAUCCACACGUUACACUACAUUGUAUAGUAUAGAUCUCUUUUUAUUGAGUGGGGAUGUUUGUGGUACUCAUUGCUUUUUAAAAAAAUCUUUUGUAAAUACUGUAAGGUGCUGUUUUUUGAUCUCAUUAAACAUACCAUAUAUUUCACCUUC